UCGACAAGACCGCCAUCUUGCCAGUAUCAAGGCACGAGACUGAGCAUGCGCCCCACUCAAGAAGGCAGUUAUGGCCGCCCAAGAAGCGGAAUUCGAAGACGAAGAGAUUGUUACGGACGAGAAACAUGUGGCAGAAAAUGACUUAAAGAAGCUACGAGAUUCUCAUUUUAAAGCAGGUAUAAGGGAAGGGAUUAUGGCUGGCACACAGGUUACUCUACAAGAUGGUUUUAAUUGGGGCUACAGGGAUGCGUUCUUUAUUGCACACCAUUUUGGCAAAGUUAGGGGAGUGCUGAGCGCCGUCUUAUCGUACGUUUCCUUACAUAACAAGGGUCAGAAUUGUGAAAAGGAUAAUUACGAAGACAGACUCAAAAAUUUAUUAUCCCAACUUGACAAGAUUGAAGAAAAUAUUUCGAAGACGACACGAGAUACUUCACGAUCCCCGCCUUCGGAGAACGUCAGAGACUCGAAAAUGGGUGUCAAAGGUCACAGUGGUGCUGAUGGAAAUGAUUGUCCGACAACAGUAGUGGACACACCAGAAUUUAAACAAUUAUUUAUCCAGUAUAAACAGUUGUGCAAUGAACUGAGUUUAGAUCCUGAUGCCGUGGGCAUUACAUCAUAUGUCAGUUAAUAGUACGUGCAUUCCUCGGAGUGAGA